AUGGCCCGCCCAAAGCAGACCGGCGCCCGCAAGGCCACUCAGUACCGCGCCAAAGCCAUCCAACACGAGCAGGCCUUUGACCCGCGCAAGAGCCGCAACUCGCACCACUACGACACGUACGACUCGGUCAUGGACGGCGACGAGGACCAGUUCCACCUCAACCGCGACAAGAUGCUCCUCGACGACGGACUCUCGCACUCGCGCACCAAUCCCAACGGUGACGACGACGCCCUCGACAUCCCCGACACGGUCUACGACCUCGACCUCCCCUCGGCGUCCGACUCGGACAACGACGACCAGGUCGACCUCGCCGACGACGACGACGACGACGAGCUGCCGGCCAAGCGCCCCCGCAAGGACUACAAGCGGCCCGACCGCGACGACAAGACCAAGGGCCGCUACGGCCACCAAGUCGACCCCAAGCAGGACGUCGUCUUCCCCUCGUCCGACGAGUCGGGCUCUGACGACGACGACGACGCCGGCGCCGAAGCGCUCGACACGGCCCAGCUCGAGUCGACCCUGUCGUCGGACGACGAGACCUCGUCCCGGCGCAAGGGCAAGAAGAGCGCCGCGUCCGACUCGGACGACUCGGACGACGAGGACCGCUGGGCGGCGGGUCACUACCACGUGAGCCGCCGCGCGCCGGGCGAGGCCGACUCGGAGGACGACGAGGCGCUCGAGCUCGAGGAGCAAGAGGCGCGCCGGCUCCAGAAGCGCGCCAGGGAGCGCAUGAGCGGCGCCGACUUCGGGUUCGACGACGAGGACGAGGACGAGGGCGCGGCCGGCGGCGCGAGGGGAGAUGAGCGGCUCGUGCUCGAUGACGACGUCGACGAGCCGGCGGCGGCGGCGGCGGCGCAGGGCAAGGCGGCGCAGGCUGGCGACGGCGCCGCCGCCGUCGUCGACGCGUCGCAGUUGGGCGAGGCCGAGGCCAUCGCGCACCUGCUCCAGACGCAGCCCGAGACGCUCGCGCUCGUCGACGACUUUGUCCUGACGGCGUCAAAGGUGCGCCAGGUCGCGAGCGACCUCGAGGUCGUGCGCAAGGGCGACGGCAAGGGCGGUGAGCACCCGGCGUUGGCCAUCAUGGAGCUCGAGCACCAGGCCCUCACGACCUACCUCCCGACCCUCGCCUUCUACUUCUCGCUCCUCCUCGCGCCGACCCCACCUCCCGCCGCCCUCGUUGAAAAGGUCCUCGCGCGCCUGUCGUCGCUCCGCGAGCGCCUGGCCACCAUGGAGGAGCUCGACCUCACGAGCACGACCUACGGCGCCGACGAGGACGACGAGGCCGAGGACGAGGAGCUCGAGGACGAGGACGGCGAGGUGAGCGCGCCGAGCGUCGGCCGCCGCCGCGACAUGCUCGCGAGCGAGGCCAUGGACUUCCACGCGUCGCUCGGCGCCGCGGGCUCGGGCUCGGACGACGACGAGGAGGAGGGGAGCGGCGACGAGGACGACGACGAGGACGAGGUGACCGACUCGAUGCUCGCCGGCCUCGACGACGACGAGCUCGAGGCCAUCAUGGGCGAGCUCGGGCCGGGCGACGGCGCCGCCGAGCUCAUGGCGCGCGUGCGCGCCAAGCAGGCUGAGAAGGGCGUGCCUGUUGCGGGCGAGGGCGAGGGCGAGGGCGACGAGGACGACGAGAUGCUCGAGGAGCUGGGGGAGGAGGAGGAGGAGGACAGCGAGGAGGACGAGGAGCGCGCGCGCAUCGAGGCGGCGCGCCGGGCCAAGAAGGAGGCCAAGCGCCUCGGCAAGGGCAAGGGCAGCAGCAGCAGCAGCGUCGGCGUCGUGCCCGCGCUCGCGCCCCUCGCGCGCACCAAGCCCUCCCCCUCCUCCUCCUCCUCCUCCGCCGCCGCACCCCGUCCCUCGUCCUCCUCCCGCGCCGCCUCGGCCGCCUCGGACCUCCUCGACCCACUCGCGCUCUCGGCGUCCGACCGCGCCGACAAGGCCUCGUCGCGCCACACGCUGCGGUUCCACGUGUCCCAAGUGGCGCAAAAAGCGGCCAAGCGCGAGAAGCGCCGCACGGGCCUCGAGGGCGACGACGACGUGCCGCGACGGAGCAAGGAGCAGGCCAGGCGCGAGGUCCUCAAGCGCCAGGAGCACGGCGCGGCAAAGGACGCCAAGGAGCGCGCGGCGCUCGACGAGGGCGAGUUUGACGAGGAGGACAGGAGGGCGGCAAAGGCCGUGCGGGGCGACGAGGCGGGAGACGACGAGGGCGGUGGUGGGGGGGACGCCGACGACGACUACUACGACCUCGUCGCGGCUGAGAAGGACGAGGGCAGGCGGGCCAAGAAGGCCAAGUACGACGACGAGCGCGCGGCCGAGAAGGCCGAGAUCGAGGCGCUCGCCGCGUCGUCCGUCGACGGUCCUCGCGGCGCGUCGCGCAUGAUCCUGGCCAACAAGGGCCUGACGCCCAAGCGCAAGAAGGAGAACCGCAACGCGCGCGUCAAGAAGCGCCGCCAGUACGACGACAAGAAGAAGAAGCUGCGCAGCAUGCAGGCGACGUACGGCGGCGGCGAGGCGAGGACUGGGUACGAGGGCGAGAAGAGCGGCAUCUCGAGGGCGACCGUCAAGUCGGUCAAGCUCGGCUAGAUGGCGCUCUCGCUCUUUGUGCAACGUAGAGCGGUUUUGCACACUC